CCCGCGCCCGCGCCCCGCCGCCGCCGAGCCAAGCCGGGCUGGGCUCGGAGCUGCUCAUGGAGAAAGUGCCGGGCGAGAUGGAGAUUGAGCGCAGGGAGCGGAGCGAGGAGCUGUCCGAGGCGGAGAGGAAGGCGGUGCAGGCUACGUGGGCCCGGCUCUAUGCCAACUGCGAGGACGUGGGGGUGGCCAUCCUGGUGAGGUUCUUUGUGAACUUUCCAUCGGCCAAGCAGUACUUCAGCCAGUUCAAGCACAUGACGGAGCCCCUGGAAAUGGAGCGGAGCCCCCAGCUGCGGAAACACGCCUGCCGGGUCAUGGGGGCCCUCAACACUGUCGUGGAGAACCUACACGACCCGGAGAAGGUGUCCUCUGUGCUCGCCCUUGUGGGCAAAGCCCACGCCCUCAAGCACAAGGUGGAGCCCGUGUACUUCAAGAUCCUCUCUGGGGUGAUUCUGGAGGUGAUCGCCGAGGAAUUUGCCAAUGACUUCCCACCUGAGACGCAGAGAGCCUGGGCCAAGCUGCGUGGCCUCAUCUACAGCCAUGUGACCGCUGCCUACAAGGAAGUGGGCUGGGUACAGCAGGUCCCCAACACCACCACCCCACCGGCCACGCUGCCCUCUUCGGGGCCGUAGGACCCCCUCUCUCCUCCCCCCUCCCAGGCAGCACCUUGAGCAGAAGGCUGAGUUCUGAAGACCCUCCUUGACCCUCCAUCUCUGGGUGCCAAGGAAGCUGAAGAAUCCCUGACUCGUCUUCCCAGAAAGAGGCAGCCUCUGCUGUGGCCACGGUCCCCACUGGAGCCGCCGGGCGGUGGCGCUGGCUGCCUGGAGGCUGACCCCAGCUCAGCGGCCUGUGGGGCGGGGGACGCCUCCUCCUCCAAGAGCUGGGCCCACUAUUCUUAGCUUUUCUACUCUCUGUCAGAGACCUAGCUGGGCAGCUGGCAGGAGUCCGGGGCAGGUCCGAGUCUGUCCAGGAAUACACCAGCCCCGUCUCUAUCUGCCCGACCAGCAUGCAGGUCCCAUCACCUAUCUAGAGCAUCACGCACACUCACCUACCAUAUAUACAGAUAUAUUCUAUAUACGAUCUAUAUAUAAAAUAUAUAAAUAUAUAUAUACAUACAUAUCUAUACUGUGUAUCUGCGGGGGCCCAGAGGCACAUGUAAAGCCUUGGUUUUGCCCACCUGCGUGUGGGGCAGGGAGGGGUCCUGCUCAUGCUUCUAAGCAGAGGACGGAGUGUUCUGGCGGAGAUGGGAGUCCCACCUUAGCACAGAGAGGAUCUAUGCCUGUGGGCAGGGUUGGGGUGACCCAGGGGCCUGAGUGAGCAGGGUUGGGGUGACCCAGCUUGCCGGCAAAGUCCAGCCCAUUCUCUGACCAACUCCCCACAUUCCUGCUUUCCACUUCUAAGUAAAAUGGAAUUGGCUUUCCCCACCUCUAUCUCCCUGCCCCCAAAAGGAUGUGGCCCCUGACUCUCCAGCAUGGGCAAGGGCAGACUGAGGGGCUGGCAGUGUGCGACAGGAUGACAGCCCUGGGGGAGGGGCCGUGGUCUAGAAACCUCGAAUGCCAGCCCCAUCUGCCUUUGCUGCUAGGAGCCCAGCGGGAGUGGGGCCCCACGCUGCUGUCAGUGAUGACAGGCCAGAUGCCUCCAUCCCGUCCUGGCGCUCUGUGGGCCGAGGGCUGAGGGCCUUCCCUCCCCGCCCCCCCCCCCCCCCCGCUGCUGGCUGGCAGAUGGUCCUGUCCACCCAUCUGGGUCAGAGUUGCUGGGGACCCCCCCCUCCAUGUGUGCCCCUUGGUCACGUGUGCCAUCCUCAAGGAUGCCUAGCUACUGUGGCUGCUGUGCCUGUGUCCCCUCCUGUCCCAUCCUCGUGCAGCCAUGCGUGUAACUGCCUGUCCUUUUGUAGUUUCUGAUGUUUGUAACCAGACCCAGCCGUGUCAUUAAACAGACUCGCUCUUCCCAUGUCUGUGCUACUCGUUCUGUCUUUUCCUGCCAGCUGCCCCUCGCCUCUGCCUCCCCUCCUUCACUCGGGGCUCAGGGCUUUUCUGGAGAGCCACCCCAGGGACCCCUCACUUGUGCCUCAGCCGUAGCUGGCUGAGGCUCCUCUGAGUCCGGGUUUACAACCGGAGCAGACACCCCGACCCGUUUUAAUCAGAAGCACAGGGCCGGAGAUUGGGCUUUGGAGGGCCAGGAAGGGUGUUUGUGCUUGUUUUUGAAAAGUCAUGGGACUUUUCAUCUUUUGUUCUGGAAAUCUUCUCUUUGGGGGAGGAUAAGAUGACUGAGGGAGGAAUCAGGGGGAGAUGUUCAGGAAGAAGGGCUCUGCUGGUCUGAUGCUCCAGGGAGAGAGUCAAGGAUCGGCCCCCACCUGCCAGACCCGAGCAUUGGGCAUUCCGCACCGGGAGAGCAACGUUCCUGGAAGUGCCAAGGGCGCUUGAGAAAGGAAGGGUGCUCAUACCGCCUGAAAUUUCUAGCACCUUCCCCAAGUUCUCAGCUCCCAGACCUCCUUCCCAAGUCCUGUAUCCUGCAUCCCACAGCCGCAGGCCAGCCCGCCCAGCCCCCACUCACUGAGGGAGGCCACAGCCAAAGCAUCAACUCCCUGCUGAGGGACCAGGAGGUCACCACCCCUGGGUGGGCUGCAGGAGAAGCAGGAAGCAGCCUCCGCCCCUUGGGAGGGCUCCUGGCUGCCUGGAAAGAUUCAGCUGACUGUACAGGGAAAGUCUUGUCUCCCAGACCACGAACUCCUCGAGUGCAGGCUACGGCUUCAUCUCCCGGGCCUGGCACAGCAGAGGUGCUCAGUAGAAAUCCAAAGAAUAAAUGAAUACCACUCAUAGAGAGUAAGACGAGGACAUGAGGCCAAGAGUGAGCUGUGCAAACAAGGCAUAAGUGCAGAGUGGAGAGGACGGCAUCAGGCAAGGCUCUUCAGGGAAGCGGCGCUGCAGGAUAGAGUGCUGGGCUCUGGAGCCAGACUGCCUCCUGAUGCUGUGCGACUUCGGGCAAGUCACUCAGCCCUUCUGAGCUGCAUGGUCACCUCUAAUUUAAAACAGGAGUGAAAGGGCAGCCCAGUUGGCUCAGCAGUUGAGCGCCUGCCUUCCGCCCAGGGCCUGAUCCUGGAGCCCCGGGAUCGAGUCCCACAUCGGCUCCCUGCAUGGAGCCUGCUUCUCCCUCUG